UUUCAUUGAAUUCUACAAUUGCACACCACCUUUAAAAUCCGCCCCAAAAUACAUCACCUUUAUAUUUUUUCUGUUUUUGCACAUGACCAUAAAAUCCUCAAUCGGAAAAAUGACUUGGCAGUCGGAAAAUGACACGUAAUCACGUCGGAACACCUAGAAAAUGACGUGGCUUCCAACUUAAAAAAACUGUGUCGUUUUGUUAUUUUGUCAAAAUCCUAAAAUGAAAGCCCUCUAAAUCAAAUUACACUCAAAUUACACUCACGCAUAACUCACUCAAAUAACUCUUCAAGCGCGGAAGCUUUGCUCACGACGGCGCGGCAGCCGCAGGGUGUUGAUUUCAGGCGAGCAACAAGGUGUCGAUUUCGUGGGAUUCAGGCGAGCGACGACGAGCAACAGACCACGCGUAGGGUGCCGAUUUCAGGCGAGCAACAAGGUGCCGAUUUCAGGCAAGCAACAGGGUGUCGAUUUCGUGGGAUUCAGGCGAGCGACAGCGAGCAACAGACCACCAUAGGAGUUUCGUUCUUCCCUCUUCUUCAAAGCAACCAUAGCAGAACACGAAAGGGAACACGAAAGCAGCCAUAUGGAAAACAGAGAUUAUUUUGCUCUUUUUAUUCAUCAUGGUGGAUACUUUGCUGAAGUUGAAGGCAUACAUUGUUAUAUGAAGGGUAAUUAUGUGGGUAGAUUUGAUUAUGAAGUUGCUACUUUUGAUUUACAGAAACUUCAUGAAGCUGUUAAGUCAGUAGGAUAUUCAUCUUGGACUAAUUUAUGCUACAGAGCACCUAAGAGUAAUGAUUUUAGGGUGAAUGAAACUGAAAUUGAAUUGAAGAAUAUGUUAAACCCUUUAACUAAGGGGCAUAGAAUAGUUAGUGUAUACGUUGAGGGAGGGGUUGAUGAUAAAACGGGCACAUUACAAACGAACUUAAGUUCUGAUGCUAUACCAUCCGAGGAAGGGGAUGAGCAUAGGGUAGAAGAUGAGGUUUUUGAGAAUGAGGGUGAUGCAAAGGAGGAGGAGGCUGAAAACCACUUAGAAGAAGGUAGAGUGUAUGAGGUAGACGAUGGCUUGGAAGAUUAUGAACUUGCUGAGGGUGAUGAAGAGUAUAUUGAAGCUAGGCAGAGGGUUAGAGAAACUAAAAUGGAGGAACUACAGAGGCUUGUUACAGAGUAUGUACCACCUGAUAUUGAUGAUGUAGAGGAGCAACAAUCUAAGUAUGAAACUUCAGAUGGGGAUGUCAAAUCUGAUGAUACUGAUGAGGAUGAGGAUUUCUGUAGAUCUAAAAUAAAUAGAGUAGUUUAUGACCCGAAGUGUGAUCAUAAAGAACUACAAAUAGUUCUUGGGAUGAGGUUUCAGGAUGGAUGGCAGUGCAGGAGUGCUUUAACUACAUAUUCCAUAGAGAAUGGGAAGUUUAUACAAUUUAGAAGAGUUUCUAAAGAUAAGUGUGAGGCUCGGUGCAUUCCACCAUGUCAAUGGAGAGUGUAUGCUAGUGCAGUUAUAGAAGACCAACCAUUCUGCCUCAAAACAUAUAGGGGGGAUCAUACUUGUCCAAGAGCAAUGAAUAACAAGCUUCUGACUUCUAAGUGGGUAGCAAUGAAAUACUUAAAUGUUUUCAGAGUUAGACCCGAUUUCUCAAUUCCAGAUUUAAGAAGUGAUAUUGUUAGAAGGUGGAAGUAUGACUUGCCGAAAGAUAGGUUAUACAAAGCCAAAGCUAUUGCAAAAGAGCUUGUUCGAGGCACAGUUGAGCAUCAUUAUGGGCAGAUUAGGAGAUACCUCGCUGAAUUGAGAAGGGUUGACAGGGAGGGUCGAUUUGAGUUGUUGUUAGGGGAUAAUGCUGUUUUCAAGGGGUUAUACAUGGGUUUUAGUUAUCUGAUCAAGGGUUUCAAAAGGAGUUGAUGGUUGCUUCUUAAAUACUUAUUUAGGUGGUAUAUUGUUGUGUGCUAUAGGGAAAGAUGGUAAUGAUCAGAUGUUUCCCAUAGCAUGGGCGGUCGUUGAAAUAGAAAAUGAGGAGAAUUGGAGUUGGUUCCUCAAGUGUUUGAUUGAGGAUAUAGGGAUUGGUGAUGGAAAUGGAUAUGCUUUUAUCUCAGAUCAACAAAAGGCUUACAGAAUGCAGUGGCCUCCCUGGCGCCCUAUGCAGAGCACAAGAAUUGUGCACGCCAUGUUUACAUGAAUUGAAAGAAAGAGCAUAAGGGAGCAACACUAAAGAACAUGUUUUGGAGGGCUGUCAGAAGCACAUACUUAGAGGAGUACAAGGCUGCAAUUGAAUAAAUGAAGGGUGAAGAUCAGGCUGCCUAUCAAGAUUUCAUCAACAGAGACACUCACAAGUUUUGUAAGGCUUUCAUUUCCACUACUUGUUGCAGUGAUAUGAUAGAUAAUAACAUAUCAGAAACAUUUAAUGGUUACAUCUUAAAUGCUAGAGGAAAGCAUAUCAUCCAUAUGUGUGAGGAGAUUAGGUGUAGUCUGAUGGUUCGGCAAGUGAAGAAAAUGGACACUAUCUCUAAAGUUAAAGACACCAUAUGUCCUAAUAUUAGGAAGAAAAUAGAGAGAUUGAGGGCAUCUUGUGGCAACUGUGUAGUUCAUCCUGGAUUUAUGGUUAGACCACCUGUCAUACUUAAGAAGGUUGGUAGGCCUAAGAAGAAAAGAGUUAGGGCUGCUACAUAAAAAGAUCAGCAAAAUCCCAAUAAAUUGAGAAAGACAGGGAUGAAAAUGACCUGCAAGAAGCGUGGAGGCGUAGGUCAUAACAAGAGAGGAUGCAAGAAUGACAUAGUGGAGCUUCCCACGAAAGAGAAGGGGAAAGUAGGGAGGUCAGCUAAGCCAAAACAAGCUACAACAAAUACUUUGACAUCGAAGGAAAAGAAUAGAAGGACACCUCAAGAAACAGAGGCAACAACCGCGGCUAGAGAAAGGAAUUUUGCUAGAAGAGGGGUUGGCGUAUUCAUAGCUGAGGGCACAGGAAACAUCUACACUCAUGCUACAUUCCAAAGGAGAGUGUACCAUGUGAAUCGUGCUAUAGGAAGUAGAGAUGCAACAACUACUACUAAUCAAGGGGCAUCUUCCACACAAGAAAGCAUAAAUGCAUCUGAGAAUGCACCUAGGGAUUAAGUACACCUUAGAUCAAUAUUUUCUGAAUUUUUGUUGCUAUAUUAGACCAGAUUUGAGAUUUUGAGUUUUUGGUUAUCAAUACUUUGUUAAGCAAAAUUGAGUUUUGUGAUAUCUUGAUGGAAUUUAUCAAUACUUUGGUUAUUAGAUCAAAUUUGAGUUUUUGAGUGUUUGGUUAUCAA